GGGUAUCAAUAUCAAAAACUAGUAAUGAUCUUAGAUUGUACAGCAAGUGUCUAUAAUAUGGCAUUUUUGUAAUAUUCUUUUAUUUUCUAUUCCAGAGAGAAUGAUAUAAAGUCAUUGCAAGUUGUGCUUGGGGCACACCUGCUGUCGGAAAAAGAAAAACAUAUUCAAGUUCUUAACGUUCAGCAGAUAAUUCAGCAUGAACUAUAUGAUCCUAAAGUGGAGUAUUAUGAUAUUGCAUUGGUUCAACUGAAUAAACCUGUUCAACUGAAUGACUACGUUCAACCAGCUUGUUUACCAAUGUCGUCUGCCACACUUGAGCCCCUGACAGAGUGCUAUUUGGCAGGAUGGGGGGUUCGUGGUAAAGGUAUCCCUCUGGCUUUUAAUUAUAGUCACUUUGUAACUAUUUAACCAUAGCUGUCUUCAUAUUUGUUCUAACUACCCCUCUAUGUCAUACUUUAAGGACUACCUUUCAAUAGAUUUGUCAAUAGGCAGUAUAUUUAGACACAUAGAUUGUGCUGAUCAUUGUGUAACCUAUCCUGUCUGUUUAUAUCUAGGCGAUGAACCAGUGGCUAUAAUGCAAGAAGUAAAAGUUGAAAGGAUUGCCAGCAAACGCUGCAACAAAACCUAUUUAGGAGCUCUACAAGGAUAUCAGCUGUGUGCAAGCCAAAAGGCAAAUAUGAAAAGCUGCCAGGGGGACAGUGCUGCACCCCUCAUGUGCAAAAGAAAAACAUCCACGAUCUUCUCUGUGAUCGGAAUAGCAAGUUGGGGAUCAGGCUGUAGCCAAAUUAAUUCCCCUGGGAUUUACACCUCAACUAAGGACUUUGUAAAGUGGAUGGUUGAAAGAGUCACUAGUGAGGAAAGAAAAAGCAAAACUAAGGUUAAGGAAUCUGUUCUGAAAAUUAUCGUUCCCUUUGAAAAACCUCCUAACCCAAGUGCAAAGGAGGAAAAGAAAGUGGAAUCUUCAGUCCAGAAAUCUCAGAAAAUUCUUUUCAGCAAAACAAUGAAUCUGCUAAUGCAAAUGACCAGUGCAAGUAAGCAUUUGCAACAGUUGCCAGCUAUAACCAACACUCCAGAGAGCAAACCAAUUUACCAAACGCAACCUCCUGAAAUUCCUGUAACUCGUAUUCAGGAAAUCAGAUCUCUAAAGAAGCGUAAAAAACAAUCUAUAAUGCAAAAGCACCAAGAAGUCUUAUCUAUUGCACCAAAACUUAUAGAAACAGAGCAAAACCUUGAAGCUCCGCACCAGUCCCAGGAGGCUCAGUUUGAGCAAACAAAUACUGUGCUACAACAACUUAUUAGUGCUGCGCUUAAGCUAAAAGCAGGGAUAUUGGGACUGUUCCAAAAAACUGCAGUUUUAGCUGAGCCUGGCACUAGAUGAGAUAUUACUAUAUGAAGACAGUACCAGUGGUGUAACAACAGAGAAGGCAGACCAACAGCU